AGAUAUUUUUUCACGGCUCGAACAAACCGAAUCUAAUUCAAUAUUGGCUUAUUGAAAAGUGGUUCACCUAGUAUAACAAAGAACUUACAAUUUUUUAUUACUUUUUUACAUAUUAAUCGUGAAAACUUUGAAAACUCUUCUCUCAGCUCAACUUCAUCUUAUUGUACAUUUUUACUUAUUUGAAGAAUCUCAAAAAUACGGAGUUUCAAUUUUAUUGGAGUGCAACUUGAACUUCAUAAAUCCGGCUGAGAAUUUGUUGAAUAAUUACUUGACUGUGAUUGGUUGAAAUUGAGGAAGCUUUGACCUCUCUCCCGAUGAAAAUAUAAAUUGGGAUUAUAUUCCGGGAGGUAAAAGGGAAAACAUAGUACUGCACUAGUGAAGCAAGAGCAACUGCCGCCGAGACAAUAAAAGUGGCUUUUGGCAAUAUAAAUGCCACAACAAUACAAAAUACCUCUGAGAGAGCAAAUAUUGACUUUAUAAUCCUUCCUUUACUAAACUUCGAAAUUGGCUCUCAAAACUAAAAUUGGUAAGACUCAAAUUUCGAACAUUAAUGUCAAAAUAUCUCCAAUCUGAGAAUUUACCCAAGUUUCCCUUAAUUUAAUUAUUGUUUUUUAAUCCCAUGCCGCGUAAUAGCUGCGAAUUUAUUCAAGCUUAUUAUUAAUUUUUGUUAAUUUCAUCUUUUGACCAGUUAUUUUAUAGCGUAGGAGGCAUUUCGAUCAAUUCGGUUUUUAGUCAACUUGAGCCAAGUACCUGCUGCCUUCAGCCGCGAGUUACUUUUACUUUAAUUCUCAAUUUAGAAGCAGAAUUGUCCCUCUUAUCUCGACAGAUUAGGUCUAUAAGUGACCAUUCCACAUACCGAAAGGAGACUUCAAAAAUUGUUGGUUCAAAGCCGAGCUGAAAUUAGUCUGAAAUAAUUUUUAUAUAGAAAUUUGAAUUCACAUUUGUUCUUGUUACCGUUCGAAAAUCUGCGUCAAAUUCAGAGCUUACUUAAAAAAUCUUAAUUUCUAUUUAUAUUGGUGGUAAGAUAUUGACAUUACCAACUAAAAAGAUUCUACUCGAGCCAAUUUAAAAGAAAUUAAAAUUCUUCCUAAAAACUUUACAAAAGAUUCAUUUUAAAAUCAAUUGGACAUCAGAAGUUAUCAAAGUUGUUGUCCUCAUCUUUUAAACCAUUGUUGUUUUCCUUAUUUUAGAAUAAUUUUUUGCGUUAAAACUUUCAAACAAAAAAGGACGCGUCAUUCAUUUGAUAAAUAAUCUAUUUGUUGCUAUUGCGAAAUAAACAAAAAUCAAGUCCAUUAUUUUCAUUAAUUCUAUUCGUCCAUUAUUUUCACCUAAUAGCGACACCUUAAUUUUAUUAUUAUCAAAUAUUUAUUUUCAAAAAUUAUAUACUUUAGCUACCUAUAGUCUGAAUUGAAUAAUAACAAAUACAACGGCAUUAUUACUCAAGCAACUUAUUAUCGCAACCUCUAACGUCCUCAUCUUUGUUAUGGUCGAGCGGGGCUCAAACUAUCUGCAACUUUAUUUGAUUUGCUGAUUAGUUGGGCAAAUAUAUUAUUCUAGUUUCUGCUAUUAUAUCAUUCAAUUUGAUUCUAAACUUGGCCAAAAUGAAAUUGGGAACUCUAAACUUGAUGUCGGCAGUUUCAUCAUUCGUUUCGACACUUCUGGUUUUUACUUCUUUUGUUCAUGUUGCUGUCGACAGUCAAUCAACUCAGUCCAAUAAAUACGUGUACGCCCAAUACAGUUUGAAUGGACUCAAAUCUCUAACAAAUGACAAGUCAUUCUCAUCAACCAGUAGUAAAGGGUGGCAACUGCAAUCCAUUCAGAAUUCAGACGGCACACAGUCAAUGUUCUGGGAGUCUUGCGACGCUCAGAACUCAAACCACCGCUCACGACUCACAACUCCUCUCAUUAACAAAGGCGACUCCAGUCAGAAUCUUCGCAUCAAAAUUAGUUUUCUGGUCUGGUGCAGCUCGCUGUCUUCAAACUGCAACGAAGAAAAAUUGCGAGGCGAGGUAGUCCUGGGCGAUAAGUACGUUUCGUUUGACGUGCAAAUCAGCCAGGCACAUCGGGGGUCAAUUCGGUCUAAGCGACCUCCGUUUCCGCCUUACUCGACAGUCAUCCCAGUAAGCGUCGACGUCCCCGCAUUUCAACUUCGCUUUUCAGACGAGGGUCUGUGUAUACGAAUCAGUGAAAUUCAAAUCUACUCCACGUUUUGUCCUUCCGAAGUUAAAGGCUUAGCCUACUACCCGAAAACAUUCGCCCCGCAAGCACCUGCAGAACCGAUUCCGAUUUUCGGACGAUGUGUGACCAAUUCAAGUCCAGAUCCAGACGUUCAUCUAUCGAGCACACAACAUUGUGCCAGUUUCGGCCAAUGGACGGACUCGUUCUCGACUUGCCAGUGCAACCCUGGUUUUCACGCGAAUGAGAAUAAAACUGCAUGCCACCAGUGUGGGGUGCACACGUACAAAAGCGAGUACGGCAACGCCCUUCGAUGCAAUCGUUGUCCCACCAACAGUGACUCACAGGUGAUUGGGGCAGGCAGGUGUGUGUGCAAUCAGGGGUACUUCAGAAACACUGACCAUGAACCAGAGAGCAUGUCUUGUGCCACUUCUCCAUCAGCCCCAAGAGACCCCUCAUACGAUGCGGAAUUCACCACUGCAGUCGUGAGAUGGUCUCCUCCUGAAUUCAACGGAGGUCGCGACCUCAUCUGGUACAGAGUGGAGUGUCCCCAAUGCGACAACUUCCUCGUCGAAGACAACGUCAGACAACCUAUUUUGACUUUGACCCGACUUGAGCCGGGGUCAAAGUAUGACGUCAUCGUUUACAGUCUGAACAGUGUAUCGAAAUACUACAACAGGAGAAAUUACACUAAGAUCGAAGUCAGAACAAAAGAAGCAAUAAUGCCCAAAGACGUGACAGUGGCAAACACCAACCCGGGCGAAGUGAGACUGUUUUGGGUGCGUCCCGACAACUUCAGAGGCCACACAUACUGUGUACGCAUAACAGCGCCUGGACUGUCCGAUACUUCCGAGCCCAGAUGUGUGAACAGAACCCUACUAGUACUAAACAAUCUGGAAGGAGGCACUUAUGGCUUUGAAGUGGGCGCUGUUGUGUCCCGGGACCUCCCAAUUGUAUAUUCCAAGAAACAGUUCACGCAAGUCACUGAAACUGCGCAGCUGGUUGAAGUGACUCAAAAACAACUCAUACUUGUAGUGGCAAUGAUGUCAGUCAUCUGCUUUCUUUUCAUUCUUCUCUGCUCGUGUGCAGUGAUGAUGUACAGGCGACAGAAUACGGCACACUCCUUUGAUCACGAUAAACAGUUCUCCCCCUAUGGGAACUACGGCAACGGGGCUCACACACUCAUGUCUGCAUACCCCGCGUCUUACAUGUCUGGCAACUCCUCUCCCCCAAUGAUGAUUGGACCAGAUGGUUCAGCAGUUGUAGAUGGAAGGAUGGUUCCUAUCGGCCAGGCUUUCAUUGAGCCUGCAUUCUACGAGGACAUCAAACAGAUGGUGUCCGAGUUCUGUCAUUUCGUAGACCCCUGCGAGGUCCAGAUCGAAAAUCCUCAUCCGAAAGAAAUUCUGAGUACAUAUGGCGAACUUUCUGUUGGUUACAUUGACUCGACCUUCUCUAAAAACUCCUACCAGAACAUGAAUGGAUCCUUCUCAUCUCCUUGUGAGCCCGGAACAGUGGGCGGGGGUUCCAAAGUACCCGUGUUCAUCAAGAGCGUCGCGUUAGGAGACUGUCAAUUGCGCAGCUUCGCAAUCGAAGCGAGUACUAUGAGUCAGUUCAGACACCCGAACGUGCAGUUGAUCUAUGGAAUAUCAUGCAUGGAUUCGAACUGGAACUUGUUGACCGAAAUGUGUGAAGUUGGCAACUUGGCCUUAUACAUGGGCGCCGCCCUGUCCUCGGCAUCUUCGCGACAACAUCAACAGUCGGGUCCGAAUAGUGGGGGAGACGAAAACAAGCGAGCAUCGCCCACCCCUCAACUCAACAAAGAACUGUUGGCUCAAUUCGUUCACUUUUUGAGGGGUAUUUCGUGUGGCAUGCAGUACUUAGCGGAUGUCGGAUAUGUACACAAGGUGCUGACUUCGGCCAAUGUGAAGCUGAAUGGCAAUCUGGUCUGCAAGAUAGCUGGCUUCGACCACCGAGUCACCUUAGAUGAGAGUGUCUCCAUGAGCUCCGAUUGGCAACAGUUAAUGGACUUCCUGACCCCAUGGUGUGCUCCGGAGGUGCUGCAAAGUGGCAAAUAUUCCUCCGCUUCCGACGUCUGGAGUUUCGCGGUGAUCGCGUGGGAACUCAUGAAUUGCAUGACGCUGUCCUCAAGCGACGAAACUACUUAUAACUCUUCUAAUAACCAACAUGAAAAUACCCAAAACACCUCAAAAACCUCAAAAAGUAGCCCCAAUCGACCAAACUUAGCAAAGAUUCCGAAUAAUCGAAGCAGCCCUCAAAAGAACCUAACUUCGACGUUCAGCGCAGUAUCUUCCGAUCAUAUAUACUCAACAACAAGUAACGCUCCCCCCAUUUCGAACUCGGAACAUGGUGAACAGAUUAGUUCGGGGGAAAAUUCGAAUGAAGUUAGAGAAUUUUCGCCAUCACCUGGCCCCGAGAACAUUUCGCUCUUGGUUCCGUAUGCAGAUAUGACUCAACACAGGAUUUUGGAUUUUCUCUCGAAUGGAAAACGACUUCCAAUUCCGAGUCUGACUCCGAAAGCACUCGGUAAACUGAUUUCUGACUGCUGGUCAGGUGACAGAAACUGCCGACCAGUUUUCGCACAGUUAAGAGAAAACUUGGAGACUUUCAUGCGACAACCGAGACUCUGGGAUAUGCUAUAUGAUGAUUCGGCUAGCAGCGCAGCUAAUACGUGGAACGAGAGCAUGAAGAGUAAUUACGGAAUGUUACAAUUAGCCGACGAAAAGAAACCGAUGUUUUCAAAUUACUCUUCCUCUUAUAUCGGAACUCUGCCUCGACCUCUGGAUUCCCUCAUUACAGUAGAUCAAUGGCUCAUGCAACACAACUUCUUCGUCUACAGAAACAUGUUCGCUUCCAACCACAUCUACGAACUACACGAACUUCUAAACCUAGAAACAACACAGCUGAAAAAAAUGGGAAUAGAGUCUAAAAAAGACAGAAAGGCUAUUUUGAACGCAAUUCAACUCCUCAAAGACAGACUUCUUUCUGCUCCAACCGAAACUCUGAACACAAUCAAUUCACAUGAAACGUCAUUGAAUCAUAUUCACCAACAACCCAGUGCAAAAAUUACAUUUACAAGUCCCGUCCAUUCGUUAAUUUAGACUAAAAAAUUUGUUCUUUGAGUUACUUUUUUGCAUUUGAUAAAUUCAAUGUAUAUCUGCAAUGCUAACUUGUACUUCAAGUCACGUCUAUACGUGACAUAAUUCAAAAGCAAAUGUUGGCUACUUUGAUGUUUGUAAUUAUUUUUUUAUAAUUGAAUAUUUGAGUAAUCUUC